AAAAAUUAUACGUCCUUAUGUACACAGCACACUGUUAUGUCCACAGAAAACUGGCUUUAUGAGGGUGACGAAUUUACAGCCUGGUUCCGAGAAUGAGACUUUGUACUGUAGGCCUGUCGAUCAGAGUCGUCAACUUCAGGCGAUAAUUGAUGAGUGUGUGUAAGCGACGUGAGGAUGGAGGACUGGCGUGAUAGGAAAGACAUCAAGAGCUGUCUGGAGUACUGCUUGGCCAAUGAGCACCUCAUGGACAUUCAGUUCCGCUUUGUGGAAGAGACGCCGCUCCAAACAGCCCGAGCUCACCGCCUCAUCCUCGCCGUCAGAAGUCCCGUCUUCGAGGCGAUGUUCUACGGUCCUCUGGCAGAUGGGGCAGACCACGUGGAUAUCACGGACGUAGACUCGUCAGCAUUUAGGGCUAUGUUAAGAGCCCCUCCCCCUCCAGCCAAGUGGGCACAGCGCAAGGAUCGUGUGCUUUUGACCUUUGAACUGUCUGAUGUAACCAACCCUAAAAUAGAUAUCACCGAUUCAGCGCUUAUAUUCAGAGGGAAUGGUGGGACGGAGAAGAAAGAUUACUAUGUACAAAUAGACUUCUUCAAAGACGUUAAUCCACAGGAAUCAAAACAAGCAGUAUUGCCCAGAAAAGUAUACUUCGAAAUAAAGAAAAAAGACGUAGAUCAGCCAUUCUGGCCUCGUCUAACCAAGGAUUCCACAAAGCAUCACUGGUUGAAGACAGAUUUUAACUUGUGGGUGGACGAAGAUGACUCUGAUGUGGAAACACAAGAUGAAAUAAAUUUGGAAUCUAUGAUGAACUCCAUGGGGGGCCUCGGUGGAGCCGAUUUAGCGGGAGAAGAAGAGGACAGUGACGACGAAGAUAUGCCAGAUUUGGAGUCAACUCCAUCAUCAGAGUAAUUUAACCGGAGGAAGAUGCGUCCGAGGCUUCGUGUCAGUAAAUGAGUAGAAUUCUGGGAGGACUGUAGGACAGUGGUAACCAUGGUGAUCUACAUGGAAGAGUCAUAUGCAACCUUUGACCUCUGCUGUGUACAUUGCUGGAGUGAAUGACCACAAGCUGGGAAGACGGUACUGCUCCUGGUAGAGGAAAGCAAGAUCUCCGCUGUGCAGAUUUUUUUUUUUUUCAUUUUUUUUUCCACGUAAAGCAAACUUUCAGUGAAUCCAUUCAUAAAGUAGUUUGUGUAAUGGCUUCUUCGGCGAAUGUGGGUGGGAUUCCAAAUCUUAUCAAGAACGUAAUGAAUUUAAUUUUUAAUAACAUUGGUUACAUUAUCCAAUAUAUGUCCAGGGAUGGCAGUGUGUACAUAUAUAUAUAUACAUAUUUUUUGGUAAUUUAAUUUUUAAAUUUUUUUUGUUGGAACAAAAACUUAAAAAAAAAAAACAAGCGCAAGUGGCCUUUCAAAUACUUGUAUUUUGUACAAAUGGAGCUGGCACGUUGUGACAUCAUCUGAAAACACGGACCCCUUUAGGAGAUCAUUUGCAGGAGAUACAUGUAGAUGUACUUGUUAUAUUGCAUUUAAUUUCUUUCUAUCACUCUAGAGAUCAUUAGUGUCGUUAGUAGUCUGCAAACUGUGCUGAUGAGUUGGGAUGAAGGUCCUGGCGUCUUCUGGUAUAACUAACCGUCAGAUUUGCCCACUAAGUUUAUGGCUCUACAACAACAGAUAGGAUUGAGAAAUUUGACGACAUGAGUAUAUUUCCUUGCUUUAGAGGAUAUGGUUUGAACAAAAGAUUUGCUUGAGUUGCAACAUGAUACUUUUAAUGGAAUGAAAAAGCCACAAGUGUUUAAAAGGUACAUUACUGCAGCUGUAUUUUGUGAGAAACUAGACUAGUGUUUAUGGCCUGUUUUGCAAUCCCUGGGCACACUUUCACAUAACUUUGCAAGUCAAGUUUUCAUAACUUUUCUUGUAAAUGAUGUUGCAUUGGGGUGCGAUAAUGUAACGUUUUAUGUCAUAAAUUACCACAAAUCUGACUUACGUAAAUACUUACGAGGUUUUGUGAAAAUGGCCCCCGAUAAUUACAUGCAUGUUAUUUAACUGGGCAGCCGCUAAUAUUCACAGUAGUGCUCAUGAAACUGGUCUAGGUCGUAAUCAUAGCGUGUUAACUCUGGCUAUGGAAUUGACCUUAUCACAGAACUAAAAUAACGCUGAAACAUGUAUGUAUGCUUGGGGGUUUAAGUUUGCCCCAGAAGAAAAACCUGUGUUUUCAUGGAGACCUGGCAAUGCUGACAGCAAGACUAUUUUAUUGACGUCAUAUUGAAGACUGCAGAACAGAUACCCAGUACGUGGUAACGCUGUACAGGUUUCUUCGCUACAAACAAUUUUUGAUGCAUCAAUAGCCCUUCUUGAAGCCCUUCUUCGACACCUAGCAGGAUUUUAAAAAAUUGGGUUGCUGCCUCUUUAUUGUAUUGAUUUUAGUCAUUAAAAAUUAUAGAUAAGUAGAUAUAACAAGGUCAGUACAUGACAGUAAAAACCUUGAGAAGGCUGGUGUUUGAAAUCAGCUUUUUCAGGUCGUGAAAAGUCCAGAAAAUAAGAGGUUCGUCGUUUAGCCUGUAAAAGAUUUCAAAUUAAUAAAGUGUUCAGCACCAGCCUGAGCUACUGUUUAUAGCACGCUAACAGUUUUGAAAAUCUGUUUUUCAAACAUUUGUUACAUUGCAAUGCAUUGCCGUGUACAUGUGAAAGACGAAGUUCCACCAAUUAGUCAUUUUACGUUUCUUCAGGCAUAUAGACGUGUACAACAUUUUAUUCUAGGAGUCAGGAAAAUAUUUCUGAAAUCUUGAAAGUGUACAACCCUGUAUAGGCCAUAUGAACUUUUUUUGUCUGUAAUUGUAAUACUUCCCACAGCUUCACUGUCUCGUGGAUAGAAUGUGUUGCGGGGACACGCAUUAAGGCAUUGAUCACACAGACCAGCUUAGAGACAAUAUCGUAUUUGCCCAUUUGUCUUUAGUUUAGCAUAGCAAUAAGUUAAGAUUUUCGUAAAGUUUGUUUAGCUUUAUUAUUACAGUUCUAUGAUUCUGGUGGUGUUUUUAAACUGUAUUUGAGUUUCUUGAAUCCCUGUGCAGUAGUAUAUAUUUGUGGUACUCUUUUUUUUUUUUUUUUUCAUCAUUGCCAAUCAUCAUCCUAAACCAAGGCUUUUGUGGCCACUUUGUACAAUUUUUAUGUCCAAAUGUCAUGCAAGUGGUCAUUUUUUCUGUGUAAUAUUGUAUUUCAUUUCUAGCAUGUGCCAUCCUGGAAUUUUGUUUUGUCAAUACUGUAUUUUUUUCAUUACUCCAGAUAUGAUAUGGGUCUUCUGUAUUCCGUCAUGUUAGCCCAAACCCACUGGCUCCGAGCUCUACCACAAUCAUGUAUUUGUUGGUCCUACUUCUUCAUUGCACAUAUGCACUCAAUGAAAAAUCCUUAAACUUGGUGAUCCUACAGUUUAAGGUUCCUCAACUGGGGCAGAAAGCUGGUGGAUGAAGUCAAGUGAUUGUUUUCUAAUGCUCUGUAUGCUUUCCAGGAAGCAUUACAUGUAUAUGAAAAUAAUGCAAAAAAUGUUCUCAA